AUGGAGAAACAAAAGGAGCAUAAACAAAACUAUUCUGGAGGAAACAUUUAUCCUUCAAAAGAAGGAACUUAUCAGCUUUCAAGAGUUAGAAAGAACAAAGGAAGAUGGUCAUUUGAGGAGCACCAAGCAUUCGUCAAUUGCCUGAAAAGAUAUGGAAAUAAUCCACAAAUCCUUCAAGAAAUGAUUCCAACAAGAACAAGUACUCAGAUUAAGUCUCAUUCUCAAAAAUAUUUUGACCAAAUAAAGAAGGAUUACAAGACAAAUAAUCCCAUGGAGUUUGUGCUCAAGAAUAUGUGAGAUGCCACUCCACUUUACCAAUUUGAGCUUCCUGAUAGAAGCCAAUUAGAUGAGAAGUCUUUAAUGCUCUGUAACUCAGAUUCAGAUAGCAAGUAUCUACCCAUGAGCAUGAAGAAGAGGGACCUGAAAUAUGCCGAUAAAAGUCUGAAAGAUUCCAUUUCUUCACUUGUGAGUAUGGAAAAGAGUUCUCAGAAGAACUACAGAGCAAGCUCCUCAAUAAGUUUAGUAAAGACUGCAAGAUCAUCUGAAUGUAUAACUGAAUCUGCACCUAACUCUGAUCCUCACUCGGGAAAGGAUAUGAAACAAGAAUCCACAUCCUCGAGGCAGGGACUUUCUGGAGAAAAAGUGGCAACUCAGCUUAAAGCCAAAAAGGGAUGCAGUAUAAUGGGACUCAAUCAAGGAAAAGUAUUAAUACAAGUAGAUAAAAUGCAGUCCUCUGUACCAUUUAAGUGCAAACAAGUCAGUAGAGGUGUUAGUAUGUUCCUUCCUCAAGACCCAUGCAUGAUUUUCAUGAUGCCUUUAAAUCAAGCAAAUCCAGACAUACCUGCUAGCUUGAGCAAACCUGAACUCCCAGUCAACAAUAAAGAGAGGAAGAUACUAAAAAAUAAGGAUGAAUCUGUCAUUACUAAUCCAUCUUAUUUUUCAAAUUUGAAUUAUGGAGGAGCUUAUCAGACACCUCAAACAGCUCACAACAAUGAAUAUCUUGAAGUUUUAGAAUGCCUCGAGCAGAUUUUUUGUCUAUCACCAUAUCACAACUAAGAUCAAACCAAUUGGAAUAAUUUCGGAAUGAGAACAGCAAUUUUGAAGAAUAAUCAUGUUUUAAUCUACAAAUCAAUUAUUCAACA